AUGCCUGUUAAUACUUCAACAUGGGCAGGAAGGAUUAUUGAAAUUGGUACUGGGCAGCAUACAGACACAGGCUCUGUUUACAGCUUUGGAUCGAACAACAAUAACGAGCUCUGUUUGGGUAGUAGGUAUGAAGGACUUAGCACUGUUUCAACUCCCACCCAAAUAAGCUUCACCUAUGCAUACCCAAUACAACACAUGAGUAUUGGUACAUACUCAAAGUUCCUUGCCUCAGAUGGAUCAAUUCAAGUUUGUGGUGAAAUAGGUGGUACUAUUGGAGAUUUCAAUAUCACAACAACAGAACAACUAUAUUAUGAUCUUUCUAAUUACAAUUGUAGUGAAGAUUAUGUUGAAUGUGAUAACACCACCAUGUCAGUAUUAAGUUAUGACCUCUUUAAUAACCAAACAAACAUUACAAAGAGAAUGUGUUGUAAUGCUACUAUGAUUGAAACUCUACAAGAAAAGUUAUACAUUAAUCAUACUGUGACCACUUACAAUAUUUCCUUAUCUUCACCCCAAAUAGUCAAUUCCUGGAAGAAGGUUGCAUCCAAGAUCUAUGUUUCAAAAUUUAACAAAUUUUCCUCUGUUAUUGAUACAAGCGGGAAUUUAUAUUGGAUGGGAUAUGUUUUUUCUGGUGAUGAAUCUGUGUUGUCUUUAAAUUACACUUUAACCAAAGUUACUGGCAUAGGAUCAAAUGUUGUUGAAAAGGUAGCUAUUGGAUCUUCCAGCUUACUGUUGAAGGUUGAUAAGGGUAUCUACACUGUGGGGGAGAAUUCAUUUGGUCAACUAAAUUCCACACUAAGAAGAACUGCUGUACCAAUACUUGUCACAGCAGAUGAUUUAUCUGGAGAUCCUGAUGAUAUUGCUUGGAAAUGA